AUGUAUAGCAUGAUGAUGGAGACGGACCUCCAUUCCCCUGGACCCCAAACGAACACAAAUUCGGGGCAGACGGGACCAAACAGUGGGUCCAAAGCGAAUCAGGACCGGGUGAAGCGUCCGAUGAACGCGUUCAUGGUGUGGUCCCGUGGGCAGCGGAGAAAGAUGGCCCAGGAGAACCCCAAAAUGCACAACUCCGAGAUCAGCAAGCGGCUGGGCGCGGAGUGGAAGGUGAUGACGGAAGCGGAGAAGAGACCCUUCAUCGACGAAGCGAAGCGGUUACGAGCCAUGCACAUGAAGGAGCACCCGGAUUACAAGUACAGACCAAGACGGAAGACCAAGACCCUGCUGAAAAAGGACAAAUACUCUCUGGCUGGUGGCCUGCUCUCUGGGGCUGGCGGUGGUGGAAUGGGUCUGGGGGUCGGGGUGGGUUCAUCCGGGGUCGGCCAGAGGUUAGAGAGCCCCGGGUGCCACGGGGGCUCCGCCAGCUCAGGCUACACGCACAUGAACGGCUGGGCGAACGGUGCGUACUCGGGGCAAGUGGCUGCAGCAGCUGCGGCCGCGGCGAUGAUGCAGGAGGCGCAGCUAGUUUACAGCCAGCACCCGGGCAGCGGGCACCACCACCACUCACACCACCACCACCACCCGCACAACCCCCAGCCCAUGCACCGCUACGACAUGUCGGCGCUCCAGUACAGCCCCAUCUCGAACUCUCAGGGCUACAUGAGCGCCUCUCCGUCCGGCUACGGCGGGAUCACCUACACGCAGCACCAGAGCUCUGGCGUCUCCUCCUCGGCUGCCAUGAGCACGAUAGGGUCGCUGGUGAAGUCAGAGCCGAGCGUAAGCCCUCCCGUUAGCACUCACUCCAGGGGCCCUUGCCCCGGAGACUUGAGAGAGAUGAUAAGCAUGUAUUUACCGACCGGAGAGCCCGGGGACCCGUCGGUGCAAAGUAGACUCCACGCAUUGCCGCAGCAUUACCAGAGUGCGACGGCUGCGGUGAACGGAACGGUUCCGUUAACACAUAUAUAG